AUGUUAUCACAAGAGAAGAAGCCACUAGACCGUGUUCUUUACCCUAUCAAUCAAGACGAACUACCUUUUGUAUUCCCCAUCAUUUCUCACCCUUACCGUCCAGUGUAUGCCGAGAGUGAUCAAGUAGUGCCUACCAAUGCAUGGAUCAGUAAUCUAUUCUAUCCCAGUGUACAAAACUUAGCCCCUACCACGCCUGAUCCUUAUAUUUUGCGUUUACUGGAUGAUUUUGGUGGUAAUCCUGGUCUGUCUAUCUCCCAACCAAGCCAGAAAGUCAUUGGUCGAUAUGAAGCCAUGAACAACAUUCCUGCCUCACCUGCAGGCUACAUGAUCAAUGGUGUAGUGGUUGACUUCAGAAUCACUGCCAAUGAAUGGCAACAGACACGCCCUAAACCCUCGGUCACUCGAUGGAACCACUUGGGAGCCACGCUGCGAUUGUCAAGCACACCCACGACCUAUAUCACAUUCCCUUUAUCGCGCGGUGCUGCUUUUGUGACAGCAGAGUAUCAUCAAUUAACUCCUCAUUUCUUUACACAACAUGCUAUCCUCAGUGUGGUGUCGGAUAUAGAACAAGGUCAAGAUACCUUCACAGGCCACAAAUUCAAAGUGUCCAUGAACGAUCAUCCUACGUCGACCUUUGUGAUUUAUGUGCUGGGUGAUCAGCCUCUCAGACUAAGAAAAGAUGGCAUGAAUCGAUUGGUGGCAGACACGCCUUAUGAGGGUGUGAUUCAAGUAGCCAAAUUGCCUUCUCCUGAAGCAGAGGCUGUCUUGGAUCAACACCAUGGUGUCUGGGCCACGGGUGGACAGGUCAAGACAAACAGUGACAGUACAGCAUACUCGAUUGAGUGGACACCUCAAGGUGAUACCUCCAAACCGUUAUUGACGUACGCUUAUCCUCAUCAUCUUCAAUCGUUUGCUUCUGACAGUGUUCAAGUCACUUCACUUCAACUUCAGUCUGCUUCCAAAGGCACUAUGCGAGCUGUGAUAGGUAAUACGUGGGUAUUGGAAGAACCUGAUCUACCAGACACUGCUUGGCUCCCUGAACAUGCUGUCCCUGAACCCUCCACCCAUAAUGAAAUCAUGCAAGUAUUGGCUCAAGAAGUCAAUGGAGACGACUAUCUGCAAGAAACACAACGAGGUGAUAACUAUUUCUCUGGUAAAUCACUUCAGAAAUAUGCCAUGUUGGCCCUUUUGUUAAACAGGCCCGAGGAGACUGGCUUAAGAAAUGAAGAAUUAGCCGACGUAGCCUUGACCAAACUAAAAGAAGCCAUGGUGCCUUACUUGGAGAACAGACAACAAGAUCCUUAUCGCUAUGAUCAAGUAUACCAUGGUAUUGUAGCAAGAGAUGGAUUGCCUACAGACAUGGGAGGCACAGGAAACAAAGAUGCAGAAUUUGGCCAUUCUUACUAUAAUGAUCAUCAUUAUCAUCAGGGCUAUUUGGUUGUCACUGCUGCUGUCAUUCAUUAUUUAGACCCUACAUGGAGAACAGAAGAACUCAGAGCAUGGACAGAGACAUUGAUCAAAGACGUCAAUAAUCCUGUAGAAAAUGAUCCUCAUUUUGCUCAGUUUAGAAAUUGGGACUGGUUUGCUGGUCAUAGUUGGGCAGGUGGUAUUAAAGUAGACGGUGCAUUGGAUGGAAGAGAUCAAGAAUCUGUGCCUGAGUCAGUCAAUUUCUAUUGGGGUAUGAAACUAUGGGGUUUGGCCACAGAGAAUGAAGACUUGGUGGAUCUGGCAAACCUUCAAUUGGCUAUCACAAAGCGUACAGCCUAUGCUUAUUUCUGGAUGUUGGAUGACAACACCAACAGACCUGUCGACAUGGUUCGAAAUAAAGUCGUAGGCAUCUAUUUCGAACAAAAAGCAGAUUAUGUAAGUGGAGUUGCAUCCUAUCCCUGA